AUGGCACAUCCCCUUCAACUAGGAUUCCAAGACGCAAUAUCACCCAUUAUAGAAGAACUCCUCCAUUUCCAUGACCACACCCUAAUAAUCGUAUUCUUAAUCAGCACCCUAGUACUUUACAUCAUCACACUAAUAAUAACAACAAAACUAACAUAUACCAAUACUAUAAAUGCUCAAGAAGUAGAAAUAAUCUGAACCAUCCUACCAGCCAUCGUCCUAAUCACCAUUGCACUUCCAUCUCUACGAGUACUAUACCUAAUAGACGAAAUCAACAACCCACAUUUAACCAUUAAAGCCAUAGGACAUCAAUGAUACUGAACAUAUGAAUAUACUGACUACGAAAACCUCGAAUUUGACUCUUACAUAAUCCCAACCCAAGAUUUACCAAACGGACACUUUCGAUUACUAGAAGUAGACCAUCGCAUAGUAAUACCAAUAGAAUCACCCAUCCGAAUACUAAUCUCAGCUGAAGACGUCCUACACUCAUGAGCAGUACCCUCACUAGGUGUAAAAACAGACGCAAUUCCAGGACGACUAAACCAAGCAACCUUCAUUGUUACACGACCAGGAGUAUUCUUCGGACAAUGCUCAGAAAUCUGCGGAGCUAAUCAUAGCUUUAUACCAAUCGUAGUAGAAUCCGUACCCCUACAACACUUUGAAAACUGAUCAUCACUAAUACUUUCCUAG